UAAUGUAAUUAUGUCCAAUCAGCCCCUGCAGCGCCGCCAGUUCCUGGACUGGAUUGGAUGUGGACAAGGUGAUCGGCGCGAUCGUCAGUUGUGCGAGCGUCUGGCUAACGGGCGGACAUGGAUUUCGACGAGGUGCUGCGGGAGGUGGGCUCCUUUGGGCUCUACCAGAAGGUCAUCAUCUGCUCGGUGCUGCUGCCGGCCGCCUUGCCCUGCGCCUUCCACGCAUAUAGCCAGUUGUUUAUAGCGGCCACUCCGCAGCACUUUUGUCGAGUUCCGGAACUGGAGCCCUGGGCGCAGGACUACGUGCAACUAGUUAAAAACUUAAGCAUUCCGCGAAAUCGCAAUGGUGCUUUUGCCGAGUGCUCGAUGUACGCGAGGAAUUACAGCGAUAUAGUCCGCUAUCUGGAGUAUCGCCCGCCUCCGGACUUAAUUCGCCAGCAAGCCGAGGAUCUGCUCAAGUUGCAGCCGGAAACUGCUCAAGUGGUGCCGUGUCAGCAUGGCUGGCACUACGACAAGACCAUUUAUUCCAGUACGGUGGUCCAAGAGUGGAACCUGGUUUGCGACCGCAGCUUCCUGGUCACUUUGGGCCUGGUGGUUUUCGGUGUGGGUGGACUGCUGGGUAACUACGUAUUUGGAUACCUCGUGGACUUGUGGGGCAGACGACCCUCCUUCUACGCUUAUUUGCUACUGGAAAUCACCGCUUGUGCAGCCAGUGCCUUCGCCUGGAACUAUUACACCUGGUUGGGACUGCGCUUUGUGGUGGGCCUGACGGUGCCAGCGAUCCUGGCCAGUCCCUAUGUCCUGGCUAUCGAGCUGGUGGGUCCGGAGAGGAGGGUCUUCUGCACCAUCGUUUCGAAUAUAGCCUAUUCCUUGGGCUUGGUGGUGCUGGCCGGAGUUAUCUACGUCGUCCGGGAUUGGAGGGAACUCAGUUUGGCUGUGUCUAUGCCUUUAUUAAUGCUCUUCUCCUGCUUUUUCGUGCUGCCGGAAUCGCCGCGAUGGUUAAUGGCCGUCGGAAAAUCCAGGAGAGCUUUGAAAAUCCUCAAAGUGAUGGCCAGAGUGAAUGGAGUGCGUGUUAAUCGAGAUUUUGUGGAGCGUCUGCAUCGAAAAUUGGCCAGCUCAAGGGCUGCAGAAGCUGUAUCCUCAUCGAGCACCCACUAUGGUAUCCUGGACCUGUUUCGGGGACCCAAUAUGCGCCGAAAGACCUUGAUUAUUACCCUGAUUUGGUUUGCCAACACGAGUGUCUACGUGGGAUUGAGUUACUAUGCUCCUGCUCUUGGAGGAGACGAAAUCUGGAACUUCUUUUUGGCCGGGGCGGUUGAGCUGCCGACAUAUUUGCUGCUCUGGCCGGGAUUGAGUUACUUUGGAAGGCGUUGGAUCCUGUUCAUCUCGAUGUUGGUGGGUGGAGUGGCCUGUGUGGCCACUUUUCUUUAUCCGGACAUCACGUUGCUGCUCUACUGCGUUGGCAAGAUGGGCAUUAGUUCGUCAUUCGUGGUCCUGCCGCUCCUGGCAUCUGAACUUUAUCCCACGGUGGUAAGGGGACUUGGAAUGAGUUUCAGUUCUGUGGUGGCCAUGGUGGGACCUAUAGUAAUUCCUCUGAUUAAUCAUAUGGGCCAACAAAUGCUAGUUCUUCCGCUGAUUGUAAUGGGUGCUCUGUUGAUCCUCGGAGGAUUUGCCAGCCUCCUUCUUCCAGAGACUCGUAACCGGAAUCUUCCGCAGACUUUGGAAGAGGGUGAAGCAGUGCCCCUGAGUUUCCUUCUCUGCUGUUGCGUGGAAAGCGAGCGGAAACCCAACAAUAUCCGGGUAAAUCCACAAAAAAGGACUAUUCCCGAGGCAGGAACACCGGUUUUCCAUCGUGUUGACACUCCGGUUUCUGGACGAGUUGCCUGCAAGGUGGUUUGCAGCAUUUGUAAAAAGGAAAUGCGUACUCUUUAGUUAGGAGAAAAUUGUUCAAAUAGAAAAUUCCAUUAGUUAUACAAAUUUUCAAUUGUUUUGAUGUUUUGGCGGCAUUUCAUUUUUGCUAUCUGGCAACUCCAUUAAUUUCAGGUUUUACAGUGGUGUCUAUUACAGAGAAAGGGAAAUCUAAGUAUUGAAUAAAUGUGGAAUGCUCUAUGCUAUUUUACUUUUUAUCAGUUUUACAGAAUUUUUAUUAUUUAUCCAAAACUAGUUUAAAGCCCUAUUUUACAAAGGUAUCAACUUUUUAACAAUGUAUGUACAUAUGCAUGUAUAUUAUCAAGUUGGCAGGCCAGCCGGCAAAUUUAAAAGCGAACAAAAUUAAAGCAAAUCAAAAACCGAUUGGGUACAUUUGUAUGUAUGUACAUACAUACGAUUAAACAUUAAUAUAGAGCUUAUAUGUUUCCAAACCGCAAUGAAUUUGUGUUCUCCACAUGACCUCGCAACUGAUAGGAACGCAAACAUGUGCAUCAACCUUAAUAAGUUAUUAUAGGUCGUCAAAAACUGAUAACAAAGCCACAACCGCUUGUUUAUGCACAUAUAGAAGCUUCAAGAAACAUUCCGGUUGAACUGGCCUAAUCGCAAUUUUAAGCCAAUUUAAACGUGACUCAUUGUAAGAUUUUGAAACCGAAAACACACGAAUACCAGCCGAACCAUUUAGCGCAUGUUUUGGUUUUUCACCUUUGGAUUUAGCCAAAUUUCUGUGAAGCUUCGAACGGGUUAAAGUUCCUUUUUAAGAAGGCUUGCUAAACCAUCUGGGUUUUUAACUUUUUUCUUUCAAUGUCAACAAGUUUUAACUGCCGCGUGCUUUUCUUGCCCCUCCCCACCCCUUAAAAACACCACACAAACGCGUUGCUAAGCACACACACACAAGCUCACUCACACACAUGUCGAUUAUGCAAGCAAAAAUAAAACUAAAAUAAGUGCCAGAAAUAAAUGUGAGAAAUAUGGAUAUUUCUUAUGUUUUUACAGUUCUUUUAAUGUAAUGUUUGUAUGAUGGUAUAAAACAUAGUUUAAAAAUUAUAAAAAUGUUUUCAACAAUUUUGGUUCAUCGUUCUCAAGACGAAAUCAAAUAAUGGUUAUGGUUUAAGGUUGUUUACGUUUUGAGUUUGGGGAUUGUUUGCCGGGGGACGGGGUCACAUCAAAAAGUCGGAAAUUCGGGAAAAUCGUUAAGAGCUAGUGCUAAAAAUAUAUUCCUCUUUCUUCGCGACCUGGCAAUGACUUUCUCUGGAGUGUCUGCGUUAUUCCC